AUGUCCGACAUUGUCCACGAGACCAUUAAGGGUAAGAUGCAGAGCCAAUUCCUCCGGCUCUUCCAAGCCCUCUCCCGCGGCCGUACAGCUGCGCAAUCUCGCGAUGCUGUUUUUGCGUCUUUUGUUACAAUACCCAAUCUCGACGAAAACCUUCUCGUCGCCCCCAAGACCGUCCUUUACUUUGCCCUGCUCUCGGUCCCGCACCGUCUAUGCGCCUCCUGA